AUGAUGUGGCAGCGAUUUAAGCGUACUCCAAUACUCACGGCUGAUCAACGUGAAAUUUGUUUUAAUUAUAACGGACCAUUCAAUUCAUCACCUUUUCCAAUAUUUCGAUUAUCACCAUUAGGUUUAGUCUUUGGCAAAUAUAGCGGCAAACCUCGCUUGAUUUUAGAUCUAUCCUGGCCACAUGACGAAAACAAUACUUCUUCUAUUAACGACUUGAUUGAUAAAGACGAAUGUUCUAUGACUUACUCUACUAUUGAUCAAGCUAUCCAUACUGUUCUUAAAACUGGUCCUAAGGCUUUCUUAUGCAAAUGUGAUAUAGCUUCAGCUUUUAAACUACUUCCUAUUCGUCCAUCGCUUGUUCCUUUCUACGGGUGCCAUUGGAAUGAUCAACUUUAUUUCUUUGUUAGACAUCCUUUUGGUGGACGUAGUUCGCCUCGUAUUUUCGAUUGCUUGUCACAGGCUUUAGAAUGGAUUCUUCUGAACAAAUACCAUGUGCAAUACUGCCAACAUCUGCUCGAUGAUUUUCUUACUGUUGAUUGUUCUGAACAAGAAAGUCUUCGUACUACACUGUAA